AUGCCUUCGGCAAAGUUUAGGAGACUCCGAUGCCUGCACAUGAGGAAUGUCCAGUCCAUCAGCUCAGCAGUGUCUGUUGCAUUCUACACAGUGUUUGCUUGGAGCCAGGAGACCAUGUGUGAGAAGAGUUUUAACAGACAGGAAUCUCUUAAAAAUCACCAGCGCAUUCACACUGGAGAGAAGCCGUAUCAGUGCUCACAGUGUGAGAAGAGUUUUAAUCAAAAGAGUAAUCUCAGAAUCCACCAGCGCAUUCACACUGGAGAGAAACCGUAUCAGUGCUCCCAGUGUGGGAAGAGCUUUAGCUUUAGGUGUCUGAGCACUCUCAAAACACACCAGCGCAUUCACACUGGAGCGAAACCGUAUCAGUGCUCACAGUGUGGAAAUUGUUUUAAUACAAAGACUGAGCUUAAAAUACACCAGUGCAUUCACAGUGGAGAGAAACCGUAUCAGUGCUCACAGUGUGGAAAUAGUUUUAAUACAAAGACUGAGCUUAAAAUACACCAGCGCAUUCACAGUGGAGAGAAACCAUAUCAGUGUUCACAGUGUGGGAAGAGCUUUAGGUGUCUGAGUACUCUCAGAACACACCAGCGCAUUCACACUGGAGUUAAGCCAUAUCCGUGCUUACAGUGUGGGAAGAGUUUUAAUCAACAGGGUUAUCUCAAUAUACACCAGCGCAUUCACACUGGAGAGAAACCACAUCAGUGCUCCCAAUGUGGAAAGAGUUUUAAUACAAAGAGUGAGCUCAAAAUACACCAGAGCAUUCACAGUGGACUAAAACCGUAUCAGUGCUCGCAGUGUGAGAAGAGUUUUAAUCAACAGAGUGAUCUAAAAAAACACCAGUGCAUUCACACUGGAGAGAAACCGUAUCAGUGCUCACAGUGUGGAAAGGGUUUUAAUCAACAGAGUGCUCUCAAAACACACCAGCGCAUUCACACUGGAGAGAAACCGUAUCAGUGCUCACAGUGUGGAAAGGAUUUUAAUACACAGAGUGAUCUGAAAAAACACCAGCGCAUUCACACUGGAGAGAAACCGUAUCAGUGCUCACAGUGUGGAAAGGGUUUUAAUCAACAGAGUGCUCUCAAAAAACACCAGCGCAUUCACACUGGAGAGAAACCG